AAUUUUUAGUAUUUCUUGUAUAUUGGUAAAGACUGUAGUAAGUCGUUGUGUGACAGACAUCAUUGAUCAUUUGUUGGCUUAUUCAGUUGUUUGUUGUUGUCAAGGCAAGCGACAACACACCACGAAAAUAUAUUAAAAAGUGAAAAUAAUAAAAUAAUUAUGGUUACUAUCAAUAUGUUAAGCUUUGUAGCAAGUAUUGUUGUUGUACUUGUUGUUGUAAAUGGUUUACCAACACAACCACAAUGUCCAGAACAAUACGGUGUACAAGCUUAUGCUCAUCCAGAACUUUGUGAUACAUUCUUUUUAUGUACCAAUGGUACAUUAACUGUUGAACAAUGUGAAAAUGGUUUAUUAUUUGAUGGUAAAGGUGGUGUACACAACCAUUGCAACUAUAAUUGGGCUGUAGAUUGUGGUAAUCGUAAAGCUGACUAUACUCCAAUCAGCACUCCAGGUUGUGAAUAUCAAUUCGGUAUUUAUCCAGACGGUGCCCAAUGUUCAACCAAUUACAUUAAAUGCCAAUAUGGUGAACCAAUCCCCAACGCUUGUGAACCAGGCUUAGUUUAUGAUCACAAAAUCCAUGGAUGUAACUGGCCUGAUUUAUUAUUGGAACAAUGUAAUCCUGAGGCUGUCGUUGGUUUCAAAUGCCCAACUAAAGUACCAGCUAACAGUCCAGCUGCAAAAUUCUGGCCAUACCCACGUUUCCCAGUACCUGGUGAUUGCAGCCGUUUAAUUACUUGUGUCAAUGGAUAUCCACGUUUAAUUACAUGCGGCGAAGGCAAACAAUUCGACGCACAUACUUUGUCAUGCGAAGAUCCAGAAAAUGCACCACAAUGUGCCGGCUCAUUUAACCAUCUUUAAAUGAAAAGAACAAAAAAAACUAUUCAAAUUUAAAUUAUUGUUUUUUCCGAUGAUCAUAUUCAAAAUUUCAUUUUAGUUAGGGAGGUUUGUUAUUACCAAGAAAGAAAUACGAAAGGAUUUAUAAUUAAAUUAGCUGUUUAUAUUAAGUAUAUUACAUGAAAAUCAAAUUUCACAAACGUAAUUUCCCAUUUCACAUUUUUUAAAUCCACUUUUUCAAAAAAUAUAGGAAAUUAAGUUUUGGAAAUGUUAUUUAUCAUUGAAGUAUUAUCGUUUUCAUCAAAUUAAGGCUAUGUAUACUUAAUCAUUAAAGCUUUUGAUUUCUCGGAGAGCGGCGAUGCUAUUAAUUAAAUAUGGGCGUAAAUAGCGAUAUCACACUAACAAAAUAUUGUUUAUAUUCAAAUAGUCACCGUUAUAACACGACAGAUAGAAACGCCAACGUUUUUCGAAGAAAUUCGAGCUUUAGUCUAUUUGUAAAUGAAUGUAGAUAGAUAAAAAUAUUCAAUUUUUCAAAUCCUUUCCAAUAAUUUUCCAAUACAUUACUUUUUAGGGAUAAUUUCAAAAUUAUGAUCAGUUUUUA